CAAGACUUCAACACAACGAUCAGGAUGAUUUCCUGUCACGAUUAUGGAUUUAAUUCGCUAUCAUACUUUUGAAUUACUUGCACGCACAAUUCUCAUCUCAUCACUGGUUGUGAUAGAUGGUGCAUCACCUGACAGGCUGCCUUCACCAGCAGACCAGUGCUCUCCAAACCCGUGCCAAAACAGAGCGUUAUGCAGACUCCGUGGGGACGGCUACUCGUGCUUCUGUGUGCCGGGGUUUCAGGGUGCUCUCUGUCAGAUUGACGUGAAUGAGUGUGUUUCACAGCCCUGCAGGAACGGAGCCACCUGUGUGGACCGAGUGGGCAGGUUCUCCUGUCUGUGUUCUCCUGGGUUCACUGGGGCCACUUGUGAGGUCCAGAUUGAUGAGUGUCAAUCACAGCCAUGUCUCAACGGCGGCAGUUGCUAUGACGACUUCGGUGGCUUCUCUUGCACCUGUCUGUCCGGUUUCCAGGGACACCGAUGCGAAAUCAACAUCGACGAGUGCCAAGAGCAACCGUGCCAAAAUGGGGCUCUGUGUAUAGAUGGGGUGAAUGACUACAGCUGUGACUGCUCUCACACAGUCUUCACUGGUAGACUCUGUGAGACACCUCUGCCACCAUGCCUCUCUGAACCCUGCUUCAACAGCGCCAUCUGUAAGGACAACCAGGGUAACUACACCUGUGAAUGCUGGCCAGGGUUUGAGGGACGUCAGUGUGAUAUCGACAUCAAUGAGUGUGGCAGCAACCCCUGCAUGCAUGGAGGCCGCUGCAUUGAGAGGUCGUGGCAAGCUUUGUAUGGCAGUGAGCCUCUGCUGCCCGAACACUACGACCAACAGCAUGCGGCAGGCUACAUCUGCAGCUGUCCUCAGGGAACUACAGGUUCCCUCUGCCAGGAGCUGAUAAACCAGUGUGACCCCAGUCCCUGCCAGAAUGGGGGCAGGUGUGAGAGCCGUGUUGGAAGCUACAUUUGCCACUGCAACAAAAAGAGCGACAACGGUGUCCUCUAUGGAGGUGUAAACUGUGAUGUGAGGCUGGUGGGCUGUGAGGGGCAUGAAUGCCAGAAUGGGGGCUCCUGCUCUCCUUUCCUGCUGGAUGAGACUCAUGGAUACACCUGUUCCUGCUCACCUGGGUACACUGGACCCCUCUGCAACACCCCCACCACCUUCUCGUUUGAACAUAGAGGCUACCUGCUGCUGCAGAGCCCCCUGGUGGACACUGUGGGUUCCUGCAACAUCACCCUCAGCUUCAAGACUACUCUGCCCAGAACCUUGUUGUUCCAGCGGAACAGCAGGGGGUUGUUGCUGAGUCUGGAGCUCGACGAAGGAAGGCUUCAUCUCGCACUGAGGAAGGAGCCCUCUGCUGGGGCUGAAGCAGAAAGCCCAAUCCAGGUCCUGGAGCUUCCACACAAUGUCACAGAUGGAGAGUGGCAUUCUGUAGAGGCUGUGCUCGGAAGCUGGAUGUUCAGUCUGACACUUUUGGAUGAUGAUGCGAUCUGUCGGAGCCAGUCCUGCCACAAGGUGGCCCCAGUCCAAGGCGCCCUGGCCAGGCUGGUGUCACCUCCUCAGAACACUUUCAUUGGAGGAGUGCUUCAGGACUCAUAUGGCCGCAGUGAGGACUCUCCACUUCCAGCUUUCAUUGGCUGCAUGCGGGAUGUGUUUGUGGACUGGCAGCUUGUCGUCCCAGAGGAAUGGCUGAGUGACUCUGCUGUUAAUGUGUCCCCUGGCUGCAGCCACAGGGACCGCUGCCUGGACGUGCCUUGCCAAAACGGAGGACAGUGUGUCAACCUGUGGCAGAGCUACCAGUGCCGAUGUCCGAGGCCUUAUGAGGGGCAGGACUGUGAGGAGGAACAUGUGACCACACGCUUUGGGAACGAGGACUCUAACAGUUAUGCAGUGUUUAGUAUCACCGAUGAUCUGGGUCACAACCUCUCCAUCUCUCUUUUCCUGCGUACAAGGAGGCAAUAUGGACUCCUCUUGGUGCUGGCAAACAGCAGCAGCCAGUACCUGCACAUGUGGCUGGAGGACGGCAAGGUCACAGUUCAGCUCAAUAACUUUCAGACUCUGAUGGCGGAGAGUGCCGUUGAUGAUGGAGAAGUCCACUUUGUGAAUGUAGAGGUAGUGGAGGACAGCAUGGUGCUGUAUGUAGAAGCUCAGAAACAGGGAGAGGUGGAAGUCACGACAGUCGAUGUCCAAGCAGGAGACACUGUGUAUGUCGGAGGGCUGAUGGAGAAUGGGUCGACUUCUGUGUUCGGGCAUUUUAAAGGCUGCAUCCAGGACCUGAGGAUCAUUGACAGACGGCUGCAGUUCUUUGGGUUGGACACCUCAGUGAGAUCUUAUCCUCUGGAGCUCAUGGAAAAUGUGAUUGCUGGUUGCUCUGGAGACAACACCUGCAGUACGAAUCCUUGUCUAAAUGGUGGGAUGUGCUACUCCAUGUGGGAUGACUUUACCUGCACCUGUCCUCCCAGGACAUCAGGGCGGCGCUGCGAAGAGGUCAGGUGGUGCGAGCUGUCACCUUGCCCUACAGACUCGGAGUGCAGGAUGCUGCACCAGGGAUAUGAAUGCUACACCAAUGCAACAUUCCUGAAUGACAGCACUGUGUUGACCUACCAAGGAAAUGGCCAAAUAUCCCGCAAUCUAACCAACCUCUCCCUAAACCUUCGCACACGAAAGCGUAACAUGGCUAUACUGCAUGCAGAGAAGGACUCUGCAUCCUUGAUACUCUCCAUCCAAGGUGGUUUCCUCUUCAUGGAACUUGUGAGCCCCAUGGGAGAUGGCAGAGAGGAGGAGGAGGGAGAGCGAAGCGUGUCUACAAUCAGUCUCAGCAGCAGGACAAGUGUUAGUGAUGGUGAAUGGCACAGCGUCCACCUGUUCAUGGCAGCACCGUGGGCACAGAGCUCCCGCUGGACUCUGGUGCUGGAUGAUGAAGUAGAGGAAGCCAGCACUUCCAGGAGCCAAGGAGGCAACCUGAACUUCCUCAGGCAGGGGGUGGACAUCUUCGUGGGGGGCCUGGCCCGUGAUGUUGGGUGGGCCAUGGUUGGGUGUCUGGGCACAGUAGAGGUGGGUGGCAUUGCCCUGCCCUACUUCAGCUCCUCUGAUGUGAACCUCCCACGCCUACAGGAGGAGCAGUUCAUCCAAACAUCACUGCAACCACCGGUCCUCGACUGCAGCGGGAGCCCCGUGUGUGAGCCCAACCCCUGCCUCAACGAAGGGGAGUGUCAGGACCUCUUCAACACCUACAACUGCAGCUGCGCCGCCGGCUGGGCUGGGAGACGCUGCGGCUUCUUCACUGACACCUGUGCUUCCAGUCCCUGUGCUCACGGCAACUGCAGCGUAAACGGGCUGUCGUACGAGUGUACCUGUGAGGCUGGCUACGCAGGUGUGGACUGUGAUGAGGAAGUGGAUAUGUGUGAAAACCACUUGUGUGCCCAUGGAGGCACCUGUCUGCAUGGGCCGGACAGGUACGCCUGCCUCUGCCCUGAGAACUACACUGGACCCCUUUGCAAUGAGCGCAUUGAAGAAAUUCCGUGGUACAUUGUUGUCAGAAAUGUCAGGCCCAAGCUGCCUGUUUCUGUGUGCGGCGAUGACACCAGAAACUACACCUGCUUCAAUGGAGGCAACUGCACUGACCGAGAGCUGUCCUGUGACUGUCCCCCUGGCUUUAUUGGACACCGGUGUGAACAGGAGGUGGACGAGUGCAAGUCCAACCCCUGUCUGAACGGCGGCUACUGCCGCAACCUAAUCAACAAGUUCAUCUGCGUGUGUGAUAUGAGCUUCGCCGGAGACACGUGUCAGACGGACCUGACCUCUGAGGGUUUGACCUCUGACCUCUUACUGUCUAUCAGUCUGGUGUCCGUUAUCCUGCUGCUGGUUCUCAUCCUCACCUCCGUCAGCCUGGUGGUGGCGCUGAAUCGCCGCGCCACCCACGGCACCUACAGUCCCAGCCGGCAGGAGAAGGAGGGAUCACGGGUGGAGAUGUGGAGCAUCACACAGCCUCCACCAAUGGAGAGACUAAUUUGAGACUGUGUUUACAUGCAGGGUGAUAAUAUGGUUAUUGUUGUGAUGAAGGAGCUGAUAACACCCAUAAAAUCACCAUUUGUAUAUCUAUAACUCCCCCUUGUGUUACCUUGAAAACUUUAUUUUUCUCGCAUGCCUUUAUGGUAAACAAAGAACUUAAAACCAGAGAAAUUUGACUUAGUAUGUGCUUAACAAUUUAGACGUUAUAAUUAUAUGAAUCUAUUGAAAGACAGUAAAUUAUAAUAUUGAAUUAUCACCCAGCCUUUUGGUAAUAUUUUCACGAAGAUGCAUGUGUUUGGGAAUAUUGUUUUGCUGAUGUUAAAUGCAGCCCCCAUUUACUUUAAUUCAUUGAGAAUUUACUCAGUUUUUUGGAUGCUCUUAGGUGCGAGAAAAAUAAUUUUACAAGUUUACUUGAAGAAUUCAAGGUAUCAUGGGAUGUGUAAUUGGUCACUUUAAAGGUGAAGUUUUCCUUUAUUUAUAUCUGCAGCCUGCAUGUAAACACUGUCUUCCCCUCACAGUACCUCCCUUUAAAUCACAGCUGUCUUUCUUCACACGCUGGAAGACUGCAUGAGAUCUUGUGACACCGUUUCGUAUACCCCGAUGCUUCAUCCAUCUUCCUGCGAUGUUUAGCACCUGGCUUCACCUCCCAGCAAUACAUCCAUCUAAAUGCAAAGAUUUGAGUUCAGAACAUAUUGAGCGUGUCACAUCUUUGAGUCUGGUUCAUUUUUUAUUUUAUUUUUAGGAUUGAUGGAGCAGUGAGCACACAAAUCUGAUCAGAAUUUGGGACACAAGCACAUCGUCUCAAAGCCUCAUCGUCUCAAUCAAUCAGAAUCAGUGGAAUUAUCUAUAUUUCUCUUAUUGUCAACACAUUUCAUGGAAACCAACAAUGUAGUAGUUCUUAUCUCAGUGGGUUCCUACUGAAGACACAAAUAUUUAAAAAAGGCUCAGCGAUUUCCCAAAACAGUUGCACACUGUAGUUUUUGGCGAACAUUGCUCAAAAAGGACUAAAUAUUCCAUUUCUGGAGACUAUUUUCAGCUGCAGAUUUAUAUACACAUUUGGUGCUCAAAUUAAUAUUUAUUGCAGCAGAACAGUGUAUUGUGUGUGGGAUUGCCUCAAAAGAAACAAUUCAGGGUGUAUUCCAAUAGCCAUACUAUCAUACUAUUUAGUAUGCCAGAAAAAUAUUUGGUAUGUCCCAAUACAUAGUAUGUCAGAUGCAGUAUGCAAGUCAAUAAAGCAGAAGGUUAAAGUUCAAGGCGCUGUAAUAUGUCAAAUAAUAAUAAUAUGUGCCAGUUGUAUGUAUACUGCAUGCAACAAAGGGCAGCUGCAGUACGCACUGAACACAAAGAGUAUGUGAUUUAGAAUGCAAUCUCUGCUAGUUUCUUGGUAUUAAGAAUAUCACCAGACUUAAACUUAUAAUUCAUGACCUUCAAUCUGUGUGUAUGUUACUUGAAAACACAUUUUCAUUUUUUUGUGUAUUACAUGUCUCUACACUGAGUCCUGCUGCCAGUUUUGAUUUAUUUUCCAGUGAACAAUUCCAUUGGAAAACUGUAGCUCCUCACUGACAGAAUAAUGUACUUUAAGAGUCAAAUUUCAGGAUAAGUUGCACUAGAGAAUAGGUUAUUUUAGACUUGUAUGCUGUUAGAAAGAAGAACUGUCGUGCCAUUUUUUAGUGUAUAUACCGUAUUGAUGAUUUUGUUUUUUAUGUUUUAAACUGUGAA